AUGGAGUCGGCACCAUGGCGCCCCCUAUUCGAAGAGCAUGUUCAAGCUGCAGGUAGCCCACUACUAUCAUUUGCAACUGUAUCCAGGGACAAAAACGGCAAUUCGUUCCCUCGAGUAAGGACCUGUGUUCUCCGGGGCUUCUUUGCUGGCCUGCAGCUACAUCCCAAUGCAAAGCAUGACCUGAAGUUGACUUCAGGACGUUCGGUUAAGGAAGAAAGUGACGACGAAGAUGCCUCGUAUCUGAAUCCGAGGAAGUAUGAAAGUGACCUAUUGAGUAUUACCACUGAUGCUCGAUCCGAGAAAGUCAAACAUAUCCUAUCUGGUAACGAAGUUGGCGGACCGGUGGAAUGUCUCUUUUGGUCACCCAAGGCCUUUGCACAGUGGAGAAUAAAGGGGAAGGCAUAUGUUGUGGGCGGAAGUUGCUCUGAUACGAUGGAGCUGAAGGCCAGACAGGAAGUUGAACAAUAUCUGCGGCUAAGAGAGGACACGGACAAGCCGUGGAGUUGGGAAAAGGAGAUGACCACUCAGUUUGCCAACCUGUCUCCUGGCAUGAGAGAUACAUUCAGACAAGCUCUUCCCGGCUCACCAAAGUCAGGGCCGGCACCAGAGCUACAGAAUGGCGGAAAGGGGCUCGUCGAUCUGACUGACCCCGUGGCGAGGAAGAACUUCAGGGUUGUGGUUAUCAAGCCAGAAGAGGUGGAAUAUAUCCAUGACGAGGGCCCUGGAAAUAUAAGGAACGAGAGAUCCAGGUGGAAGUUGGUGCCGUCAGAUAGCCAAUACACAUGGCGCUGGGAGGAAGAGCAGCUAUGGCCUUGA